AUGCGUACACCAAUGUUUGUCUGCAUUGCCCAGCAAGAUUACUGCCACAUCCUCAAGUGAGUAGAAAAGAAUAUGCAAAAAGUAGAAGAGGAAGGUGAGAUCGUUAUGGUCAAAGAACACCGAGAACUUGAUGGAACUGGAACAAGGAAGGGCCACAUUGUCAUCAAGGGCACCUCAGAAAGGUUAACAAUGCAUUUGGUGGAAGAGCAUUCAGUAGUAGAUCCAACCUUCAUAGAAGACUUCCUGUUGACCUACCGGACGUUUCUUUCUAGUCCAACGGAAGUGGGCAAAAAGUUAUUGGAGUGGUUUAAUGACCCACACCUCAGAGAUAAGGUUACACAGGUAGUAUUAUUGUGGGUGAAUAAUCACUUCAGUGACUUUGAAGGAGAUCCUGCAAUGACUCAAUUUCUAGAAGAAUUUGAGAAUAAUCUGGAAAGAGAGAAAAUGGGCGGACAUCUAAGGCUGUUAAAUAUUGCAUGUGCUGCUAAGGCAAAAAGAAGAUUGGUGACGUUAACAAAGCCAUCUCGGGAAGCGCCUCUACCUUUUAUCUUACUUGGAGGCUCCGAGAAGGGAUUUGGAAUCUUUGUCGACAGUGUUGAUUCAGGUAGCAAAGCAACAGAAGCAGGCUUGAAACGUGGGGAUCAGAUACUAGAAGUAAAUGGUCAAAACUUUGAAAAUAUCCAGCUGUCAAAAGCCAUGGAAAUUCUUAGGAUUAACACACAUCUGUCUAUCACUGUGAAAACCAACUUAUUUGUGUUUAAAAAACUUCUAACGAGAUUGUCAGAAGAAAAAAAAGAUGGUGCCCCCCACCUUCCCAAAAUUGGUGAUACCGAAAAGGCCAGCGGCUAUUCCAUUCCAGACCUGGCUGUAGAUGUAGAACAGGUGGCAGGACUUGAAAAAGCCAAUAAAAAAAGUAAAGCCAACACUGUCGGGGGAAGGAACAAGCUAAAGAAGAGGCUUGACAAGACUCGGAUUAUCUUGCCUCAGAAACCAUAUAAUGACAUUGGGAUUGGUCCGUCUCAAGAUGACAGCAGAGUAGGACUAAGGCAGACAGAGCACAUCCCGACUGCGUUGCCAGUCAGCGGCACCUUGUCCUCCUGUGAUCCUGACGUGCUGCCGUCACAUCCUCGCGUUUCAGACUCCAGCACUACUCCUGAUUUGCCAGAUCAAGUGCUAAGGGUUUUUAAGGCUGAUCAGCAAAGCCGAUACGUCAUGAUCAGUAAGGACACCACAGCGAAGGAAGUGGUCAUUCAGGCCAUCAGGGAGUUUGCUCUUACUGCCACCCCAGAGCAGUAUUCACUGUGUGAGGUCUCAGUCACACCCGAGGGAGUCAUCAGACAGAGAAGACUUCCAGUUCAGCUUUCCAAACUUGCGGAUAGAAUACAACUGAGCGGAAGGUAUUAUCUGAAAAACAACAUGGAAACUGAAAUCCUUUGUUCAGAUGAGGAUGCUCAGGGGUUGUUGCGAGAGAGUCGAAUUUCCCUCCUGCAGCUUAGCCCUGUGGAAGUUGCCACCCAGCUCUCCGUGCGGAAUUUCGAACUCUUCCGCAGCAUUGAACCUACUGAAUAUAUAGAUGAUUUAUUUAAACUGAAGUCAGAAACCAGCUAUGUGAACCUGAAGAAAUUUGAAGAAGUCAUUAACCAGGAAACAUUUUGGGUGGCGUCUGAAAUUCUCCGAGAGACAAACCAGCUGAAGAGGAUGAAGAUCAUGAAGCAUUUCAUCAAGAUCGCACUGCACUGUAGGGACUGCAAGAAUUUUAACUCCAUGUUUGCAAUCAUCAGUGGCCUAAACCUGGUACCAGUGGCAAGACUGCGAGCUACCUGGAAAAAACUUCCCAAUAAAUAUGAAAAGCUCUUUUAGGAUCUCCAAGACCUUUUUGACCCUUCCAGAAACAUGGCAAAAUACCGCAAUUUCCUCAAGAGUCCAAACCUGCAGCCUCCCAUAAUUCCUCUCUUCCCAGUUAUCAAGAAGGAUCUCACAUUCCUUCAUGAAGGAAACCAUUCAAAAGUAGACGGGCUGGUCAACUUCGAGAAGCUAAGAAUGAUCGCAAAAGAAAUCCGGCAUGUUGGCCAAAUGGCUUCAGUUAAUGUGGACCCCGCUCUCAUGUUCAGGACUCGGAAGAAGAAAUGGCCGAGUUUGGGGUCCCUCAGACAGGGUAGUGCAAAUGCAAGGGUGCUAGCUGUUGCUGAGACAGGUGGUCAUAGAAAGUGGGUACGCCGUAGUUCCUUUCUCAGAGCCAAAAGGCUUUAUGAAGAUGCGCAGAUGCCUCAAAAAGUGAAGCAAUACCUGUCCAAUCUGGAGCUGGAGAUGGAUGAGAAGAGUCUUCGGACGUUAUCUCUGCAGUGUGAGCCAGCAACCAAUGCAUUGCCUAAGAAUCCUGGUGACAAAAAGCCUGUCAAAUCCAAGACCUCCCCAGUGGCUCCAGGGGCAGGGUCACAGCAAAAAGCCCAACCCCAGCCUCAGGCGCCCCCACAGCAGCCACCACAUGAGGCUGACCAAGGACCUUGGGUUCCUGCCGGGGCCCUCUACCCUUCAUGGAAGGUGCCUGUGAAGGAUCUCCCACCUCUUGGUUUCAACUCUCCACAAGAUUUAAAGAAAAUUAUUUCCCUAUCUGAAGAAGAGAGUUUGGAACAUCCUAAGAAGCCAGCUGAUGAUACAAGAUCCAAAGCUUCUCCACAACUGUCUUCUCCUCCCACUUCCCCACAGAGUUCUCCAAGGAAAGGUUGUACUUGGGCUCCUAGGGGUACUAUGGACAAUUUUUCAGAUUCUGGCCACAGUGAAAUUUCUUCAUGAUCUAGUGUUGUCAGCAAUUCUUCUUUUGACCCGGUGCCAGUCUCGCUCCAUGGUGAGAGGCACCAGAGGCAUCCUGUCAGCAUUGUGGAAACAAACCUAGGUGUGGGCAGGACAGAACGUGUUGGGGUACUGCAGGCCCCCAGCCCUUCGGUACAGGGUUUCUUUACAUCCAAGGAUUCUCCUGAUGAUCUACCCAAGGCUAUAAUACGCUUGGUGUUCACUUUGGUAAUGGUACACAAAUAA